AGGAUGAAUAUAGAUAAGUCUCCUGGGCCUGAUGGCAUUUACCCCAGGAUCCUAUGGGAAGCUAGGGAGGAGAUAGCAGAGCCAUUGGCCUGGAUUUUUAUGUCGUCGUUGUCAACGGGAAUAGUACCAGAGGACUGGAGGAUAGCGAAUGUGGUCCCAUUGUUCAAGAAAGGGAGUAGGGAUAGCCCUAGUAACUAUAGGCCAGUGAGUCUGACUUCAGUGGUGGGCAAAGUCUUAGAGAGAAUGGUAAGGGAUAAGAUUUAUGAACAUCUGGGUAGGAAUAACGUGAUCAGGGAUAGCCAGCAUGGUUUUGUGAAGGGCAGGUCGUGCCUCACAAACCUUAUUGAGUUCUUUGAGAAGGUGACCAAGGAAGUGGAUGAGGGUAAAGCAGUAGAUGUUGUGUAUAUGGAUUUUAGUAAGGCGUUCGAUAAGGUUCCCCAUGGUAGGCUAAUGCUAAAACUUCGGAGGUAUGGCAUUGAGGAUACAUUAGAGGUUUGGAUUAGGAAUUGGCUGGCUGGAAGGAGACAGAGGGUAGUAGUUGAUGGAUUAUGUUCAUCUUGGAGCGCAGUUACUAGCGGUGUACCACAAGGAUCUGUUUUGGGACCAUUGCUUUUUGUUAUCUUUAUAAAUGAUCUAGAGGAAGGACUUGAAAGCUGGGUAAGCAAGUUUGCGGAUGACACAAAAGUCGGUGGAGUUGUGGAUAGUGAGGAAGGAAGUGGUAGGUUACAGCGGGAUAUAGAUAAGUUGCAGAGCUGGGCGGAAAUGUGGCAAAUGGAAUUCAAUGUAGCUAAGUGCGAAGUCGUUCACUUUGGUAGGAAUAACAAGAUGAUGGAUUACUGGGCUAAUGGUAGGCUACUUGGUAGUGUGGAUGAGCAGAGGGAUCUUGGUGUCCAUGUACACAGAUCUCUGAAAGUUGCCACCCAGGUAAAUAGUGCUGUGAGGAAGGCAUAUGGUGUACUGGGCUUUAUUGGCAGAGGAAUUGAGUUCCGGAGUCCUGAGGUCAUGUUGCAGUUGUAUAAGACUCUGCGGCAGCAGCAACUCGAAGGACAGGAGCUUGGACCCGGGGGCCAGCUGGAAGCGGUUUUCCACAACCUCAAAAAGAUCUUCCUUCAUGGACACCGAUCUGGCAUAAUAGAUGUCCAUUUGUUGAAAUCAGCCAUUAUCAUAACAAAUGGCAGAAUACUGCUUUCACUCACAGCUACUGCGGUCAAUCCACAGGUACUGCUGUCACUCACAGGUACUGCUUUCACUCCACAGGUACUGCUGUCACUCACAGGUACUGCUUUCACUCCACAGGUACUGGUUUCACUCACAGGUACUGCUGUCAUCCACAGGUUCUGCUGUCACUCACAGGCACUGCUUUCAUUCACAGGUACUGCGUACACUCACAGGUACUGCGUACACUCACAGGUACUGCUGUCACUCACAGGCACUGCUGUCACUCACAGGUACUGCUGUCACUCACAGGUACUGCGUACACUCACAGGUACUGCUGUCACUCCACAGGUACUGCUUUCACUCACAGGUAUUGCUGUCACUCUACAGGUACUGCUUUCACUCACAGGUACUGCGUACACUCACAGUACUGCUGUCACUCCACAGGUAUUGCUGUCACUCCACAGGUACUGCUGUCACUCCACGGGUACUGCUGUCACUCCACGGGCUUGGGUGAGGAUAACCCGACUCUCUUCUAGAGAAGAGGUGAAAUCUACUAAUUACGUACGUGUCCUAAACCAGUUAUAUAAUUCUCAGAUGGUAGACUCUGAAUCUCAGCAGUAUGGACCAGUGGAUUACAGUAGUGGACAGAGUGGAGUGGAACAGAAUAGAAGCACACAGGAGUUGAAAAGCUGUAUGAAUGACUGUAUGUUAAAAAACAUCACAGGGGAACUGUGA